GGAGAGUGGUCGGUGCCCUCUCCUUGUUCCAGGUCGUGUGGUGGCGGCGUGAACUUCAGGACCAGAGUGUGCGAGGGGCCAAGUGAUGCCCAUUGCACGGGUAAAAGCAAGAAAUAUGAGUCCUGCAACGUUGAGGCGUGUCCUGAGGGGUCCAUGGACUUCCGCACAGAGCAGUGUCAGCGCUACAACACUGUUCCCUUUGAGGGCAAAUACUACAGUUGGGUCUCAUACCUGGGUGAUCCCGAUAAGUGUGCACUCCACUGCCAGCCGAAACAAUCCAGCUGGGUGCCUCACAUGAAGGCUCCCAAGAAAUGUGAACUGAACUGUCAGCCAGAAGGUGAGAGGUUUUACUUCCGCCAUGCCCUCAAGGUCGCAGAUGGGACUCCCUGUGACAGUGAGGGCUUUGACGUGUGUGUGGAUGGCCAGUGCAUGCCUGUUGGGUGUGACCGCAUCUUGGGCUCGUCAGCCAAGGAGGACAAGUGCCGGGUGUGUGGCGGCGAUGGCAGCACCUGCAACACAGUCAAGGGGGAUUUCAUGCAGAAGACCCUCACUGUUGGCUAUAAUGACAUCGUGCUCAUACCUGCUGGUGCCACAAAUAUUUAUGUGGAGGAGCUUGCAGCCACCAACAAUUAUUUAGCUGUUAGAAACACAACUGGCUUCUUCUACCUUAAUGGCAACUGGAGAAUUGACUUCCCACGAGCAAGAGAGUUUGCUGGCACCACCUUCCACUACGAGAGGAAGGUUAAUGGUGGCGUUGGAAUUUUUGCCCCCGAAGUGAUCCGUGCUCUUGGACCCACCACGGAACCUCUCUUCAUUGUGCUGUUGUACCAAGAGAAGAAUGAGGGUGUGGCUUAUGAGUACAGUGUGCCAAAGGGUGUGACGCAGGCCAAGGCAGAGACUUAUGGCUGGAUCUAUGGGACAUAUGGGGAAUGUUCAGAGGAGUGCGGUGGUGGUGUCCAGGUUCGAAAUGUGACAUGUGCUCAUAUCAGUAACUUGGAACCUGCAUCAGAAUACCUGUGUGAUCCUCGUCUCCAACCUGAAACUGAGAGGAUUUGCAAUGAGCAGCCCUGCCAAGCUGAGUGGCAGGUGGGAAACUGGACACCCUGCACCAGCUCCUGUGGCACUCAAGGCUGGCAGUUCCGUCAUGUGUUCUGUGGCCAGAAAUUCACAGAAGGCCGGCUAUCAGUGGUGAAUGACUCACAGUGCACUGAUGUGGUUGGGCCACCUCCUGACAGUGUAAGGGAGUGCAACCAGGAGGCGGUGUGUGCCUCAUGGCAUGUGGAAGAGUGGACCCCUUGCAGCAAACUGUGUGGGGUUGGUCAUCAGUACCGCAAGGUGAGGUGCCACCUGAUGAAAGAUGGCGAGAUUGAGGUUCUUGAUGACAGUGCCUGUAGUGAGGAGAAGCCAGACACUGAGAAGCCAUGUGAACAGAUCCCCUGCAGUGGUGUGGACUGGGUUACAUCGGACUGGAGUGGAUGUGGCAUCACUUGCGACCAAACUAAGGAGUCCCGAUCAGUCCUGUGUGCGAGCAAGAAGGGGGUGGUGGUCAAUGAGGAAUACUGCUCGCCUGCACGCAAGCCAGAAGCCAUUCGCACUUGCCCUAAAGCUGAAAUUGUGCCCUGUGAAUACAAGUGGUAUGCCUCAGAAUGGGGUGAGUGCUCUUCUGAGUGUGGGGUGGGUGUAAUGUUGCGGGAAGUCUUCUGUGGCUCCUGGAAUGAUGGGUCACUCCACGUAGUUAAUGAGACCAACUGUAAUGCUGAGACUCGCUUUGAUGACACCAAGCCUUGCAACUCAUCUGAUGCCUGCAAAGCCAAGUGGUUUGUAGGACCAUGGACAAGGUGCAACAAAGAAUGUGGAGGUGGCAGUAAGUCCCGCAAGUUAUUCUGCUUCUUUGGGAAUAAAUUAGGAAAACUGCAGUGUGAUGUGAACACCAUACUGCAUUCCCUGGACACAUGCAACAAUCACCCAUGUGGAGAUGAUGAAGUGCUUGAUUAUGGCAACCAGGUGGACCUAGAGAGUGAGGAUGAAAUCUGUGAAGAAGAGGAGGAAGAAAAGGAAAGUUCUGGAGAUAAAGGUACUGAUCCAAAUGAGACUGUAGCUGAGGAUGGAGAGGAUGAGGAUAAGGAAGAGGAAGAGGAGCAUGAUGAAGGGGAGAGUGAGAGUUCCAGUUCAUCCUCAGAAGAAUCCAGUGAAGAAAUUUCAUCAGAGAAGGAGCAAGACCAAGAUCUAGAGGUUAUUUCUAGUGAAAUGACUGAGUUAGAGUUUCGAAAAAAGCGAUCACACAAAGAGGUAACUCUUAGUGAUGAAGCUGAGGAAGGCUCUGGCUUUGGGGAGUCUGGGUAUGGCUUGGGAUCUGGACUGUCUGGCUGGUUCAGCUCUGGUUUGGGCUCUGGCUUUGGCUUUGGUUCUGGUGAGGUGACGGUUACUGAGGUGACCGAGACUUCAACUGUACCCUCUAAGAAAGAUUCUAAGAAGUCAAAGAAGAAGAAGAAGUGCAAGGCAAAACCAAAAGAACCAAAAGACUGCGAGGAGACUGAGUUUGGAUGUUGUCGAGACAAGGUGACCCCAGCAGAAGGACCCUUCCAGAGAGGUUGUCCUCACAUUGAAACUUGCAAGGACACACAGUAUGGCUGCUGUCCUGAUGACGUAACACCUGCUGAGGGGCCAAAGAAUAAGGGUUGUGCCAGGGUGUCAUUGUGUGACAACUCCCUGUAUGGCUGCUGCAAGGAUGGUAUCACAGAAGCAAAUGGACCAAAUGAGGAGGGCUGUGAGGACCUGAUUGCUUAUGACUGUGAAAAUACUGAGUUUGGCUGUUGCCCUGAUGGGGUGUCUCCUGCUUCUGGGAAGAACUUUGUGGGUUGCAUGGAGUUUGAGUGUGAGGGAUCAGGUCCAUGUGAUUCCUGCAAUGACACCGUGUAUGGCUGCUGUCCUGAUGGUGUCUCACCAGCUCAAGGGAAGGACUUCGAGGGCUGUCCAGACCCUGAUGCAACAACAGAAGCACCUAUUGAAACAACCACUAUGUCAGUCUUGACCACCUCUAUCUCCACCACCACCACCACCACUGAGCUUCCUCCAGAGUGCCUCAACUCCUCCUAUGGCUGCUGCCCCGACAACUACACAGCUGCUCAUGGCCCCAAUAUGGAAGGAUGCUGCCUGUCCUCACCAUUUGGCUGCUGCCCUGACCACAUCACCGAGGCAUAUGGACCCAACUUACAGGGCUGUGGUUGUCAAUACAGUGCAUUUGGCUGCUGUCCUGAUGAGGUAACAGUGGCACGGGGCCCCAACAAUGCUGGAUGUGGUUGUCAGUACACACAGUUUGGCUGCUGCCCAGACAACUACACACCAGCAGCUGGGGAGGAAUACAGUGGUUGUGCCUGCAAUACUUACCCCCAUGGCUGCUGCCCAGAUGGCAUCAGUAUUGCCAAGGGUCCAGGCACACAGGGAUGUGGAUGUGAGUAUGAAACAUAUGGGUGCUGCAAGGAUGGCCGCACGCCUGCCAGUGGGCCAGAGCAGGAGGGGUGUGGGUGUGAGGCAUCAGAGUUUGGCUGCUGUCCAGAUGGUAUCACUCCUGCCACUGGGAAGUUCUUUGAUGGAUGCAAGGAGGAGGCCCCCAUCAUCCCUGGAGAAGUUUGUGGCCACAAGAAGGAUCGAGGCUCAUGCACCAACUUCACAGUCAAGUGGUUCUUUGACAUGGAGUAUGGUGGCUGUACACGCUUCUGGUAUGGUGGCUGUGAAGGCAACCUCAACAAGUUUGACACACAAGAAGAGUGUAAAGCUGCUUGUGUUGAGCCUGAAGGAAUGGAGUCUUGCUACCUACCGCAAGUUGUGGGUCCGUGCACUGGGUCUGUGCCUUCUUGGUACCAUGACACACAGACAGGCACCUGCAAGUCCUUCAUCUACGGAGGGUGUCUCGGCAAUAACAACCGCUACAUCUCAAAGGAGGAGUGUGAAGAGAAGUGUGUUAUUCCAGAGAAAACAGAUGCUUGCCUGCUGGAUGUGAUGCCCGGCCCAUGUCGAGGGAACUACUCGCGAUGGUUCUAUGACGAGAAUGCGGGGAGCUGCAAACAAUUCUCGUAUGGUGGUUGCAAGGGAAAUGACAACAACUUCCUCUCUGAGAAAGAGUGCAUGCAGAGGUGCAUCAGAGGCCGGUCUAAAGACCUGUGCACGCUGCCCAAAGCUUCUGGCCUGUGUGAUGAGACUCUUCCUCGCUGGUACUAUGAUUACUCAGAGGCCAGGUGCAUGCCCUUCUAUUACACAGGUUGUGAUGGCAAUGCUAACAGGUAUAUCACAAGGGAAGAGUGUGAGUCAACCUGUCCAGGAGACAAAGCAGACUUCGAUGAAGACGUGUGCUACCUGGCCAGCAGCCCCGGUAACUGUGAUGAGCAUGAGCAGCGGUGGUUCUUUGAUGCCGCUGUGGGUCAGUGUAAGUCGUUUGUGUAUAGCGGCUGUGGUGGCAACAACAACAACUUUGCUACUUAUGAAGACUGUGAGAACUCUUGUGGAAAUCAAAGGAAGAUCCCUGUGGAAGUUGAUUUCAAUGCAGAGUUUUGUUUCUUGGAGAAGAAUGAAGGUCGCUGUGAGGACUACAGGGUCUACUGGUACUACAACAGCGAGACAGGAGUAUGCAGGCAGUUCAUGUAUGGUGGCUGUGAAGGAAACGAAAACCGCUUCAAGUCUCGGGACGAGUGUGAAAGUAAAUGUGGUAAUGCACAAGAUGUAUGCACACUUCCUCUAGUUGUAGGCCCAUGUAGUGGCAGCUUCAAGCAGUAUUACUAUGACAGGUCUACCAACCAGUGCUAUGAUUUUGACUAUGGAGGCUGCGAAGGAAACAAUAACAGGUUUGAUAAUAUCCAACUCUGCCAGCAGCGAUGUCAGACAACUGAGACUAUCACUCCGCACUCCACCAUCACAGAGACACCAGAAAGUGAAAUGCCAGAUAUCUGCAGACUGCCAAUUGAAAUUGGUCACUGUAGAGCAGUCUUACCCAACUGGUACUAUGAUGUUGACACCGAGAGCUGUAUUGCCUUCUUUUAUGGUGGCUGUGCUGGCAAUGCUAACAGGUUCCAGAGUGUGGAGCUUUGUGAGCGGCAGUGUGGCAAAUACCGCAACCAAGAUAUAUGCAACCUACCAGCAAAUCCUGGUCCAUGCAAUGAAGCCCUGCCCAAGUGGUACUAUGAUGCCUCAGUGAGGCGCUGCAGGCAUUUUACUUAUGGUGGCUGUGAGGGAAAUGGAAACCGGUUCUCAACAUUGCCGGAAUGUGAGGUAGAAUGUAUCUAUCAUGACACCAUCCUUCCAAGAAAUAGUACUUCAGAAUCCAAGACCAUGAUCUGUGAAUUAGAUGAAGAUGCUGGACCCUGUGCUGAGGGUUACAAACGCUGGCACUUCAGCAAAACGCAUGGCUCUUGUGUUAUGUUUCUGUAUGGUGGAUGUGGCGGAAACCAAAACCGCUUUAAGACCUUUAAUGCAUGCAACGAGUUCUGUGCUUCUGCCAUCGAAAAAUAUAGAAAAACUGAGACAAGCACAACAUCUGAAGUCUGGCCCACAGUCUCUGGCCCAUCUGACUACACUCAGCCUGACAAGGAGGACAGAUGCAAGGAUUCCCUGUUAUCCUGUCAUCUUCUACAGUGUCCAUACGGGGUGCAGAAGAGGGUGGAUGUGGAUGGCUGUGAAAGUUGUUCGUGUUAUGACCCCUGCUACCAAGUUCAGUGCCAUGUGGGAACAGAGUGCUCUGUAGACCUAGUUGUUGCAGAGGAUGGCUCUGGUGAAAACACCUAUAGGGCUGUUUGCAGAGAAGUGAAUAAGGCUGGCAGGUGUCCUGAAACCAAUGGCUAUAGUUACCAGUGUGAUAACGAGUGCCAGAAUGAUGCCGCCUGUGAUGGCACUCUGAAGUGUUGCUACAAUGGUUGUGGGUACUCAUGUGUGAGUCCUGUCAGUGAUGAAAACGAGGCUGACCACAUCCAUGAGCCAGAAAUCACUCCAACUAUUCUAGAGCAUGGUGAGAGGCCUCACAUCAUAAGCUUUGAUGACACUGUCACAAUAGAGGAGAAUGAUGUGGUGACAAUAACCUGUGUUGCCAAGGGCUCUCCCACUCCCACCAUCACCUGGUACCGAGGCUCAUACACGAUCAACACUGACAGCCCAUCAAGCAGGUUCAGGAUUGUGGAUGGAGGUUCCCUGCAGGUGGUGAAUGUGGAGCGCAGUGACACUGGGAAGUACACUUGUGAGGCAAGCAAUGGAGCCGGCGCACCUGACCGCCGCACUGUACAGCUCACAGUGACUGAUCCCAAACCUCGUGAGGCAGUUGUUGUCCCCUGGAAUCCCAAGACCCCACUGGCUACUCUUGGGAACAAGAUGACGCUGUUCUGCCGGGCUGUGGGCUGGCCGAAGCCGUCAGUCACCUGGUGGCGUGGGAGAGACAUGCUUCCAGUAACUUCAGGAGCAUAUGAGCAGUUUAGAGAUGGCUCCUUGACAAUCCGUGCUGUCAGCCUGAGAAGUCUUGGGCCAUACACUUGCCAGGUUUACAAUGGAUAUGGACCAGCCACCUCUCAGACCACAGUCCUGCGUGCUCUAGGGCCAGUUUAUAAGCCUCUCCCCAAUGAAAGGGACUUCCUCCAAUAUAUAGUUGAUCCACCAAAAGCUCCUCCUACUUCACCUCCUGUAAUUCCUGCCAUAACUACUGUCUUCCCUGCUGUUCGUCCUGAUCAGCGGCCAUACUGGCCCAAUUAUUAUUCACCUUCAGCAAAAACCACAGAGGCUACCACUACACGGGCAUUCAUAGUGCCAGCGCGUGCCGUCGUCCGCCUCAACACCACUGAGUUCCAGCCACAGUCCACCAUCACCAUACCCUGUGAGGUGCAUGGUGUCCCUGAGCCAACAGUGACGUGGUUCAAGGGAGACAACCAAAUAGAAUCUUCAGGAAGAUUUGCCAUUGAAGAAGACAACACUCUAGUCAUCAGUGAUGCAGAAGUAGGAGACUCUGGGCAGUAUAAGUGUCAUGUGCAGAAUGACUUUGGCAUAGCAAGCAGCUCCACUGUCAUUUCCAUCAAAGGAAUCUAUGUACACCCAACUUGUACGGACAAUCCUUACUUCGCCAACUGCAAGCUCAUUGUGCGUGCCAAGUAUUGCACCAACAGGUACUAUGCAAGAUUCUGUUGCCGCUCUUGCACCAUGGAUGGACAGCUCCCUUCUCAGGGAUUUCACCUCACACACAGUAAGAGGAGGAAAUAAAAUAGUGAUAGGAAUCAGGUUAAGGGUGACAUAUUAAUUGCUUUAUCUCAAAAUUGGAAAAUCCAGCACAGCUAGCCACCAUGAUUAUUGGAAAUGAUGUGUAAAUACAAAGCAGUUUUGUAAACAUGGCAAGCAAAAUGCUUGGAUACAUACUCAAUAUAUAAUGGCUAGACUGUUUCAUGGAACAAGUUCAUUUUGCACCAUUUGUACUAUGAAAAAAAAAAAUUAAAGCUUUAUGAUAUUCCUGGAGCUAUGUUGAGGAGUCAGAAUAUAUAUUCCUGCAGCUAUAUUGAGGAGUCAGAACAUUGUCAUGUAAACACUAAUAAAGAAAAAAAAAUUCAGCAAAAACUUGAGAAUGAACUGAUUGAUACACUUCCACCUCCAUUCUGUAUGGAUUAUUGACAAUAAAGUGUAUUUGUAGACACUUUCUUCACUGGCCAGUUUUGAGCUAGUGUAUGCAGCCAGUAUUUAAUAUUUAUUGAUCAUUUCACAAACAAUCAUGAAUAUGUAGUAGAAUGCUUAUACAAAUCAUGCUUUUAUGAAGCACAUAAGAAUUGUAUGAGGAUUCUGGUGAAAAUAUGUAAUGGGCAGUGUGGCUCACCCUCAUGUAUAUAAUAUAUAGUUAGCUUAUUGUCAUGGGAGGAAGGAACUGAGGCAGCCAUUUCACUCACAUUUGUUAUGCAAGAUAGAUUUGAUGUCAUUACAAACAGCAUGGCAGAUAAACAUAUAACAGAAGAGGGUGUUAAUGUAAAAACUUAUUAGACUGUUUAGGGUAACAAUGUCUUUGGAAAAUAAAUUAUUUUAUUUAAUAGAAUUACUGUAUGAAAUAAACCAGACCUUGUGUAUUGUAAUAGGUUAGCUUGGUACUGUGUUGCCAUUUGUGGCUAUAAACAAAAAUAUUUACAAUGUAAGCAUGUAGUAUUGUCCUUUGCAGACUGAAUUACAUCAUAGAGAUGUUACAUUAGAUGUGGUAUCAAGCUGCCUGUAGAUUAGUAAUACCCAUCUAUCUUGCAUUGUGACCAUUAAGAAGCUGAAUUUCACUUUCUUGAUGUCAUUCUAAAAAAGAUGGUAAAUAAUCAUGAUUCAACUGGAUUAUAUUGUCCAGCUAUGGAUAGGGUUAUAGGUAACAGGACAUAUGUAUAUUAUCAUUUCAUCAAAAUUUUCAAUUUAAUGCUCAUUCAUGAAGUACUCAAGUUACAAUACUUUUCUGUAAAUCACUUUGUGUGAAAUUUGUUUUUUGGUGCAAACCAGAUAACCUUUUUUAUGCAUGAAACACUUAUUACCGAGUGUUCCUGUUCUUAUAAAAGCUUGAGGUUGUGAAGGUACUGACCAAUAUUAAAAAAGAAAAAUAAAUAAAUAGAUACAAAGAAAUAUGUAUUGUAGGGUACAUAAUUCAUCUUAUUAAUUUGAUCUUAUUACAAAUGAACGCUUAUAAUAAAAUACAAUGUGAAAAAGUGUCUUUCUUGAGACAUUAGAGUGAGCAUUUACUUUAAAAUGAAAUAAUGCCAUAGUCGUAAGUGUACUGAAUAAAUUUUUAUGCCUUGUAUUUGGUGAAUGACUCGGCCUCUGCCUCAGGCUCAGACACCUAAGAUAGUUUGGAGAGAAUAGAUUCUCCCCACACACUGCAUGUCACUGCCACAACAUUUGCCCAUCUGUCUGUUGGUCAGCCAGUUCAGGACCUUCAGUGGUGCUCAGUUAGUUUGCCAGAUAGAUUUACAUUAAUGGCUUGUUAUGCAAUCUCCAAAUGUGCAGUGGUGCAUCUUAUGCACAUUCAACAAUGAUGGUUGCAGCUACGGCUGUAUUUGGUGGUUACAUGACAAAUACAGCCCUGACUUUGUUAAGAUAAUGGUAGAAGUUAAUAGGAUCUUGUGCCAAGAUGUUAUAAAUUAACAAUAAGAUGUUUAUUUCUGUUUGUAAAUAUGCGAAAGAUAAUAGUGUUGAA